AUGCUGGGGAGUGGUACAACACAGCGGCUGCCAUUGGCAGCUGCAACUUCCCAUGCCAUUCAGAGGCCUCAUGCAGUUUUUUCUCCAGGGGAGCCUGGUAUUGCUGCACCACAAAUGGAGCUUCCAACGGUAUCGGCUGGACAAGGGGACUUUUCACUAGGUGUUCAGAGCGUUCAACAAUACUGGCGUGGUCACGAAGUAUCUGGCGAUGGCGCGGAUAGACUAGGGGAGCCAAGUGGUACUGGCGCAAUUGGCGGAGACGAUAGAGGCGUACCCGGUAUAGAAAAGGGGGGGAAAUUCAUUGGAAGAGGGGCCUGGAGACAAAGACAUCUACCUUACUAUGCUGAACUUCAGGUUAUAGGUUUGUUGGAUCGGAUGGUUCAUGCGGCGUCGUUGUGCCAAUCCUUGUUGCCACUGUUAAAUGCGAGUCAAGGCCUGCGCUUGACGCGAGAAGUAACUAGGUUGCUGGCACUGGAUUUGGGGGCAAUUUCGCUUGUUCGAGAUCACCUAGAGCCCAACCGAUUACAGCUGGGUAAUGCUCUUGUCAAUUUGGCGUCAAAUGCCCUAGAGCUCAGCAGCGGCGACACAACCCUUGAAGACGAUCGAACAGCGAUUUGCACACUGGUAAGUGUGAUAGACCAACUCAAGAAUCCCCGACCACAUACGGAAAAAGCUUGCAGCAGGUACUACAAGGACAAGAUGAGGUCCAUUUUGCAAACGGCGGACAAGGUUAGAAUUUACUUAACGCAAGCCCUGGAGGAGCUUGUUAGAGCCAUGGCGCCCUCACAAGGGUUAACACCAGCUAACUUCGAACAAAAGUUACGUGUUAUUAGAGCUCUUUACAGGGUCCACUCCAAUCACAUAGCUAGGGAUUCCUCACUACGAUUUUACAUCGUAGCGGUCCAAGAGGAGCUCGGACUGAAACCAAUUCUCGGGCCCCACCACCACCAGAUGGCCAAUACAGAGCUACCCCUUCUGAUGGACUUGGAAAAGGAAAUCGAUCAAGCUGUUCUUAAUUCCGGCGGUCGUCCACCACAACCGCAGGAAUCCGUGUCACAUCAAAGCAUUGCUGUCAGCAGUGAGCUGCUUGCACGCUCUCGGGAAUUGCCCCCUCUCGUACAGUUGUAUGGAGUACCAAUGCACGAACAGCAACAAGGAGGAUUCACUCCAGGGCCCCCGGCUUUUGUUGCAUCAACAGGACCAACGACAUUGCAAGAACCCGGGCAGAUUGUUUUUCCAAAUAUUCCACAGCAUCGCCAGGGCACCGAAACUCCACCCCGCCAGGGGAGUUCUGGGUUUUUUGCCUCUUCAUCACAUAGAGUAAAUGACGAGACCACCGCUUCGCCACCAUUCUUGAUGCCUCGGUUGCAUGCUCCGCCACAGGGUUUCCGGGGCGCGCAUUGGCAGUUUCUUCAGACACCUAAUUUAGCUGCUCUCCAAAGCCAUCAGAGAGUCUCUGUGUCUCCGUCACCUACAAGGUUCCUUCCCCAGCAACCACUGAUGGGUGCUGCAUCAGCUUCUUCUGAGUCGAGGUCAUCUAUAAACUACGAAAGCUUUCAGGCCUUUCCCUCGGCAUUUUCCGGUCCCGAGUUUGGCACUCCAGUGGGUUUAAUGAACGCCAACUUACAAGAUGCCCAACGCGCACCUUCAAUGCUUCUUGGGAGAGCUUCGUCAGAAGAAGAAUCCUCUUCCCGCGAUGAACCGAAGGGCUCUGAAGGUACUGGUGCUACUAUGCCGGUAGAUAGUAUGUGGGCACGUUGGCGUUUUCCUCCUAGCCACCAUCCUCCAGCUGUUUUUUAUCCAGGGCCCCGCCAGUCACGACGUGAUUUAGUAGGGGCGCAACCACGCGAGGAUGUGCCUUUCCAACACCACAAUCUCUUUGGGCAUAUUGGUCAACCGUCAUGGACGCAGACCUCACCAGCCUUUUUUAGCCAACCUUUGAGGCGGGAAUCUGGCCAAAUGCACCAACCACGGCAGGAAGGUGCUAUUCGCGGGGGGGUAGAGAGUCAAAUGCUUGAAGGACUUUUAGGAAGCCUCCGCUUAGAGGACAGCACUUCCAGAGGAGCCGACGAUUCUUCUCGCGAAUGA